AUGGGUCCUCUGUCUCCUGUCAGGACCAUGAGGUUCUGGAGGCCUCGGAGCCUGGGGGUGGCUCUGGGAGUCUUCAUGACCAUUGGAUUUGGCCUCCAGCUCUUAGGGGGACCAUUCCAGAGGAGGUUACCGGGGCUGCAGCUCCGACAGUCCUGGAUCCCUUCCCUGGGACCAACUGUUAAGUCUUGCCUACCCCGACAGCGGCUUGUGUUCUUGAAGACACACAAAUCUGGGAGCAGUUCUGUGCUCAAUCUCCUUCAUCGCUAUGGGGACCAGCAGGGGCUACGCUUUGCCCUGCCUGCCCACUACCAGUUUGGCUACCCAAAACUUUUCCAGGCCUCUAAGGUCAAAGGCUACCACCCCCAGAGUUCAGACACCAAGAAGCCUUUCCAUAUCCUAUGUCACCACAUGAGAUUCAACCUGAAAGAGGUACUUCAGGUCAUGCCUUCUGACAGCUUCUUCUUUUCCAUUGUCCGAGAUCCAGCGGCUCUAGCCCGCUCUGCCUUCUCCUAUUAUAAGUCAACCUCAUCAGCCUUCCGAAAGGCACCUUCUUUGGCUGCCUUCCUGUCCAAUCCUCGAGCCUUCUACAGACCUGGGGGCCGUGGCAACCACUAUGCCCGCAACUUACUAUGGUUCGACUUUGGGUUGCCCUUCCCCCCAGAGACGAGAGUGAGUCCUCAUCUACCCAGGGACCCCAGCCCCCUCCAGCUACAUAUUAUGCCUUCUGCUGCUGGCCCUGGAAUUCUCUUCCAGCCCGUGACCACAGCUGCUAAUAGUCACCAGCAGCCAGCCGGCGUUGCCUCUUCAGAUUUCCGGCCCUCAUCUUUUAUCCAGUGGGGUCUGGCCUGGCUGGAUUCUGUCUUUGACUUGGUCAUGGUGGCUGAGUACUUUGACGAGUCAUUGGUUCUGUUGGCAGAUGCCCUGUGCUGGGGUCUGGAUGACGUGGUGGGCUUCACGCACAACGCCCAGGCUGGAGGUGAGCAGAGGCUCGGGGCGGCCAACAAGAGUGUGUUGAAUGGUGAAGAUCAGCAGCUGACUGCACGGGCCCGAGCUUGGAAUAACCUAGACUGGGCUCUUUAUACUCACUUCAACCGUAGUCUGUGGGCGCGGAUAGAGCAAUAUGGCCGCAGCCGGCUGCAACGUGCUGUGGCUGAGCUCCGGGCUCGAAGAGAAGCUCUGGCUAAACGUUGCCUGAUGGGAGGCGAGGCUUUAGACCCCAAAUACAUCACCGAUGUAAAGCUCCGUCCUUUCCAGUUCGGUUCAGCUAAAGUUUUGGGCUACGUACUUCAGAGCGGACUGAGCCCGAAAGACCAAGAGGAAUGUGAACGCUUGGCUACCCCUGAGCUGCAGUACAAGGACAAACUGGAUGCCAAGCAAUUUCCCCCUACAGUCUCCCUGCCUCUCAAGACCUCAAGGCUACUGCCCCCAUAGGCAUGGGAUGACAGAUGAGGACACACGACGCAC